AUGAUACCAUGUCAAAGUCUGCUAGAUGCCAUUGAAAUACAGCUAAGUAUUGAAGCAAAGAAGAUUAUCAAUGAAGUUAUUGCGAUUGCACCUUCACUUUCUGGCCCUUUGCUUAGAAUGUUCUUUCAUGAUUGCUUUGUACGGGGUUGUGAUGCGUCUAUUCUUUUGGAUUCCCCAAUCAAACAAGCUGAAAAAGAUGCACCUCCAAAUCUAACUCUUCGGGGAUUUCAGAUUUUUGACAGAGUUAAAAAUGCAUUAGAGCAAGCAUGUCCGGGAAUUGUUUCAUGUGCGGAUAUAGUUGCCGUAGUUGCAAGAGAUGUUGUGGCCGCGGUGGGUGGACCAUAUUGGGAGGUCGAAACUGGAAGAAGAGAUGGUAUAAUAUCAUCCCUCAAUGAAGCCCUAAUUAGUCUUCCAUCACCCUCAUUAACAAUAAACUCUCUAAAAGUAAGUUUUCAACAAAAAGGACUUACUACCAAAGAUCUCGUUGUCCUUUCAGGUGCACACACAAUCGGAAUAUCACAUUGUUCGUCUUUCAUAGACCGAAUAUACAAUUAUACUGGUAUAGAUAACACCUCGGACCCAACCCUAGACCCCGAGUACAUGGCUAGGUUAAAAUUGAGUUGCACAAAAAAUGGUCCAGAUGCAUUGGUGGAAAUGGACCCUGGAAGUUACAAGACUUUCGAUGUGCACUACUAUGAGCUCGUGUCGAAGAGAAGAGGAUUAUUUCAAUCUGAUACUGCUUUACUUGAUGAUCCUGAAACCAAAGGUUAUGUUGAAGCACAUAGAUAUGAUGAUAGUAGAGAAACUUUUUUCCAUGAUUUUGGAACAUCAAUGGUUAAUUUGGGUAGGGUAGGGGUACUUACUGGAAAUUUUGGUGAAAUUAGGAAAGUUUGCUCCAAGGUUAACUCACUCUAAUUCCAACACAUAGCCAAAUGUUUAAUUUUCCCAUUUUAAAAUUAUUAAUUAAUUAUUUUAUUUAUUUUUCUUUUUGAAUUCUGAUUAUCAUGUUAAUGUGUAAAUUCAAAUGGUUUGAAUUUUUUUUUUUUUCUUGUAUAACAUAGAAAUUGCAAGUCAGAAAUUACAUUCUUAGUUUGGUACACAAGGGCUAGACGACGUACUUGACAUUUGAAUUUCCCUAAAAGAUAAGAAGUGUCACACUUUACAAUUACCUCUAUCUCGUUUUCAUAAUUAUUCGACUAUUUUAUCGUAUCACAUAAAGUUGUCAACAUUAUCUUUU